AUGAAAAGGUUUGACACCUACGGUAAGUUGCCUGAAGAUUUGAGAACCCGUCAUUGUUUUGGAGGAUUUUUAACUAUUAUUUGUGUGGUUAUAAUUAUAAUAUUAUCAAUUGCAGAAUUUACUUUUUAUCUUCAAAGAGAAGUAGUUCCUCAAUUACUAGUUGACAGAGAUCGUUCAUCUAAAAUACCUGUUCAUUUUGAUAUAACUUUUCCUUAUUCGUCUUGCCCAAUUACGUCAGUUGAUAUUCUUACAAAAUCAGGAGAGUCAAUGAUUGAUAUUGAACAAAAUGUUACAAAAAUACGUAUUCAUCAUGAUGGAUCUUUAGUUACUGAAAGCGAAAUGAAAGCCAUCCAAAGUAAGUUAUCUACUGAAACCCAUGAUCCAAAGGAAUGUCGUUCAUGUUAUGGAGCUGAAACACCAGAGAAAAAGUGUUGUUUUACUUGUGAUGAUGUUAAAGAGGCAUACAAAAAGAAAGGGUGGCGUUUAGAUUUGAAUAUAGUUUCACAAUGCCAAAACCAUGAAAAGAUACAGAUGGCAAGGUUGACAAAAGAUGAAGGUUGUAGAGUAAUUGGGGAUUUCUUGUUAAACAAGAUUGGAGGGAAUUUCCAUAUUGCGCCUGGAAGUUCUGAACAGUCAUGGGGUAGACAUUCCCAUAACCUUGAAUGGACUGGGAAAACUCAGAUUGACCUUUCUCAUAAAUGGAAUGAACUUUCAUUUGGUGAACAUAGUAAGAAAUUUACUACUGAAAAGAAAGACACUCAAAUGAAUAGUAUGUUCCAGUACUAUUUAACUAUUAUUCCUAUUAAAAAUAACUUUAUUAAUGGAACAUCUACUUUUUAUGAUUAUUCUAUUCAAGAAAAUAUUAGAAGCGGAGAAGGAGAAGGUUCACCUGGAGUAUUUGUUUAUUACGAUGUUUCACCAAUGGUAUUGGAGGUAACAGAAUCAAAUCAUGGAUUCCUUCAUUUCUUAAUUGGUAUUUGUUCUAUUGUUGGUGGAAUAUUUACAACAUUCCAAUUAUUUGAUGCUAUAGUCUUUGAGUCUAUUCAUUCAUUGGAGAAGAAAGUUGAAUUAGGAAAAGAUGUUUAG